UUAUAACCAGCGAAGAAGAAGAAAUGUUUCCCGGCUUGCUAAGCUACUAGCUGCUAGCUGUUAGCGUUAGCUGACUGACUAUAAGAUGAUUUGUAGGUUUAAUAGAAACAUUAAUAACUGCUGCUGAUAUCUGAAGAACACGUUUGACUUCUGCUGAGAGGAUGAAGGUGAAGGUCCGCCAGUGGAGCGGGGUGGCCUCCUGGCUCUGGGUCGCUAAUGAUGAGAACUGCGGGAUCUGCAGGAUGCCGUUCAACGGCUGCUGCCCGGACUGUAAGGUCCCUGGGGACGACUGCCCACUGGUCUGGGGCCAGUGCUCCCACUGUUUCCACAUGCACUGUAUCCUGAAGUGGCUGAACUCUCAGCAGGUGCAGCAGCAGUGUCCCAUGUGUCGGCAGGAGUGGAAGUUCAAGGAGUGACUUCAUCUUUUAUAUCUGCUGUAAAUAUUAAUAAUCAUCUGCUUUUCUAUUCUUCAUGUCAUCACACAAACAAUCUGACUGUUUAAUAUGUGAAUAAAUAAUAAUCCUCCAUCA